AUGAGUCAUUUUGAAGCAGCAGACAAAAUUGCACCUCAUCAUCACGUGAACUUAACACACUGCUAUGGCUCUUUUUCGGUUGUUAUUAUUGUUGUUAUUGUUGCUGUUGUUGUUGUUGUUGCUGUUAUUAUUGUUGUUGUUGUUGCUGUUAUUAUUGCUGUUGUUGUUGCUGUUGUUGUUGUUGUUGUUGUUGUUGUUGUUGUUGUUGUUGUUGCUGUUGUUGUUGUUGUUGUUGCUGUUGUUGCUGCUGUUGUUGUGUUAUUUACGGAAAUUAUCCCUUGCUAG